UCCAGGUGCUCGUCCGCGCUAAUGAAUCAGCCGGCUUUGAUUGGUCGCAAAGCAACACAAAACUCACUCAAACACCGACUCCUGAUUAACAUGUAAACAGAGCAGCCGCGACCACCGAGUCGACUGAUUACAGAAAAGACUCGAAGUCCCCCACUGACGCAUUCUUCUCUGGCUGCAGCUCCGAGUGAGACCAUCCGGCACUCAAUCGACGGACGACCACCACCUCAAGAGCAACCAUGGGCUCCAAAGAAGUAAACCCAGAUCUCAGUCCUGAGGACAGCUUGGUGCUGAUCAGGCGGUCCCUCAAGUCUGCAAACAUGGCUCCAGGUACCCACUUUGACGGGAACAUCCCCCACAUCUUUGUUACCAUGGGCGCCUCUGGAGACCUGGCCAAGAAGAAGAUCUACCCAACCCUGUGGUGGCUCUUCAGAGACAACCUGCUGCCCAACAACACCAUUUUUUUCGGCUACGCGCGCUCUAAGCUGACCAUUCCCGAACUGAGGGCCAAGUGCGAUACCUGGAUGAAGGUCAGGGCUGGUGAAGAGGCGCGCUAUGAAGAGUUCUGGAAGCUGAAUUUCUACGUGGCCGGCUCGUACGACACUAGACGUGACUUUGAGAUUCUGAACCAGGAAAUGGAAAAGCACGAAAGAGGUCCGACUUCCAACAGAUUGUUUUACCUUGCUUUGCCGCCGUCCGUUUUCAAGCCGGUCAAUGUCCACAUCAAGAACGCUUGCAUGAGCACCAAAGGCUGGACUAGAGUGAUUAUAGAGAAGCCGUUCGGUCGAGAUGCUGACUCAUCUAAGGAGCUUUCAGACCAUUUGGCGUCUCUCUUCAAGGAAGAGCAAAUUUACAGAAUUGAUCAUUAUCUUGGAAAGGAGAUGGUGCAGAAUUUGAUCACGCUGAGAUUUGGAAACCGCAUUUUUAACCCAACUUGGAACAGAGACAACAUUGCAUCCGUCCUGAUCUCCUUCAAAGAGCCGUUUGGCACUCAAGGGAGAGGUGGCUACUUUGACGAAUUUGGUAUCAUUCGUGAUGUCAUGCAAAAUCAUCUCCUGCAAAUCUUUUGCCUUGUUGCCAUGGAAAAGCCUGCCUCUGUCCAUCCAGAUGACAUUCGCUAUGAAAAGGUUAAAGUCCUGAAGCAAGUUGACCCUCUGAAACUGGAAAGUUGCAUCCUUGGCCAGUAUGUCGGUGACCCAGAAGGCGAAGGAGAUGCCAAGUUGGGGUAUUUAGACGACAAGACUGUGCCUGAAGGAUCUGUUACCCCAACCUACGCUCUCUCGGUGCUUAAAAUCAAGAAUGAGCGGUGGGACGGGGUGCCGUUCAUCCUGCGCUGUGGAAAAGCCCUUAAUGAGAGAAAGGCAGAGGUGCGCAUUCAGUUCAAGGACGUUCCAGGAGACAUCUUCCACGGAAAGCCAAAGCGAAAUGAGUUGGUGAUGCGAGUGCAGCCUGGUGAGGCUGUCUAUGUGAAGCUGAUGACCAAGUCGCCGGGCAUGAGCUUUGACAUGGAGGAAACAGAGCUUGACCUCAGCUACCACAGCCGCUACGGGGACGUCAAGAUGCCGGACGCCUACGAACGCCUUUUGCUGGACGUAUUUUGCGGCAUGCAAAUGCACUUUGUCAGUUCGGACGAAUUGUCCGAGGCAUGGCGCAUCUUCACCCCUCUUCUUCACCAGAUUGAAGGUGAAAAGGUGGUGCCCAUCAAGUACAAAUACGGCUCCAGAGGUCCCAAGGAGGCUGACGAAAUGUGCUCGUCCAACGACUUCAAAUACUACGGUUCCUACAAGUGGGUCCAGCCGAAGUGUUAAUUUUUGAGAUUUUUCCGAGAGAGCAUAAUUUUUGCUACUUACGCUUCAUGGCACUCAAGUGCAUUAUAUAAUUAUUUUACUCCAAAUCUUCAGCUGCAUUGAUGAAAUCCUAAUGUUACGAUUUUUCUUGGAAUAAUUGGCAAUAUCUUUUUAGAGCUUUAAUUUUAAAACUUUGUGCGUCUCUCUAUCUCUCUCUUGGAAAACUCUCUUACGGUUUCUGUGAUUCUCCACAUGAAAGCAAAACCAUCUGAAGCAUUCCUGUUUCUGUUGUAAAUUGCCUAUUGUGUCUUCUAAUAAUUAUUGUAAGUAUGGGAAUAGGCUCGGGCCAAUUUUGGAAGUCUUGUUAGGUUGAAUUUAAGUGUUGAGUAUUUUUUUUGCACUAUUUUUGUAUUGCAUAAUAUAUUAAUAAAUUAUGAUGAGUAGCAUUGAUACAUUAUCUGCCAGCAAUAAAACAUAAAUAAUACUCUUUGAAAAAA